CUUCUCUCAUGCGGAGUCAGUCGGCUGGUCGGCAACAAGUGGAAGUUGAUCUGCACAUUUCAACACACUAGGGUGUAGGAUGCUGGAUGCCAUCUUUCUCCAUGCUGGUCAACUCAUCGGCAUGUCGACCGACGGCCACCGUAGUGUCAAUACACGUCACUAGGUAGAAAGAGGGGGAUAUAAACAUGGCACAAGACCAUCUCAGGACGACGCACUCACUCAGAGCGAGUUCGACUCGAGUCCCGCACUAUGGUCUUCCCAGCUCUUGCUUCCUUCUGGUUUCUGCCACUCCUGUCGCUAUGCCAGGCACAAGCUCCAGUUGCUCAGAGUCAGAAUACCACCUUCAAUGCAACGUAUGGUCAUCUCAACUCCUCACAAGCCGAGUCCCUCAUCGCGCAGGCGAAUCUGUCCGCUGAAUUCUCCGUGGCAAUCCUAACAGCCGUCAACUUCGAACGCUCCAACUGGGCAGGUUCCUCAACUCAGCUCGAUCCAUUUUACGUCGAUGUCCCUUCCAACGACUCACAUGCCCCAGCUGGCUCUGUCAUCAAAGUCGAGCAAUACACCAACACCUCCUUCUACACGGUAGCGCCUAAUGUCGCGUUGUCACGAAUGCUCUUCAUGACCAAGACACUCAAUGGCACCACGAUUCCCGCAUCCGCAUAUGUUCUGUGGCCAUGGCUUCCACGCCGUUUUGCCAACGUCUCCGGGCUACCCGUGGUAGCUUGGGGCCAUGGCACGUCAGGCUGGAGCGGCGCGCCCUUCAUUCUCGCUCUGCAAGGCUAUGUGGUCGUCGCGCCAGACUAUGCCGGCUUAGGACUGGAUCACGACUCGAACGGCACAUUCAUCCCGCAUCAAUACCUCGCCAGUCCAGCCGCUGGAAACGACCUGAUCUACUCCGUCCAAGCUGCACAGCAAGCCUGGCCGUCGCUAAGCAAGAAGUUUGUGAUCAUGGGCCACUCUCAAGGCGGCGGUGCAGCGUGGGGAGCUGCCCAGAUCCUGGCGGAAAAUCCUGUGCAAGGCUACUUGGGCACAAUCGCCGGCUCACCGACCACAUCCAUUCUGCCGCACAAUAUCAGUACACUAGACAACGGUGCCACCUUGGGCUCGCUACUGGUCAGAGUCGGCACGGGAGUCAGCUCUGUCUUUCCAUCGUUCCAACUGUCCGACUGGCUGAACGACAAAGGUGUACGCUCCGCACAGCUGCUGCAAGGCUUACAAGGGUGCCAGUCCGUCGCAUUGGAGUUGCUCAGCCAGACCGAACUAGUUCAACAAGGCUGGAAUACUAGCAGCUGGUAUUUCGAUGCGUUGAAUAAUUUGACGACAAACGGUGGGAAACCCUUCGCCGGGCCGAUGCUGGUCCUUCAAGGCACGGCAGACCCGUCCGUCGAUCCAAAUGGGACGACUGCUGCAGUCAACGCAACUUGCCAAGCAUAUCCGGAUAGGUCGUUGGAGUAUGCGACCUUUGAAGGAGUCACCCACGUUCCGGUGUUAUAUGCUGGACAGCAGGUCUGGCUGGACUGGAUUGCGGACCGCUUCAGUGGCGUGAAUGUAUCGUCAGGGUGUCACACGACGCAUUACCAGCCUCAACUGGCUGUGAGUGCCUAUCAAAGUCAAGUUGCGCUGUUCCUGCAAUAUCCCUUGUUCGGGUAUGAGACAGCUUGA